UUCCUUUUUGUGCAGUAAAACAUGAAAUCUGCUUCAACAGAUUACUGUAUUCUAGUCCUCUCAUUUUUUGGUGUGCUCAGAUCAGAGAAUUGUGUUGUCCACGAAGAUUCUGCAAAGCUGAGGUGGUUUGAAGAAAACAGUCCUUUCAUGCUUAAGUGCCUAUGGGACCAAAUUCUAUACCAUGAACAUGCAAACUAUACUCUGAACUGGUACAUGAAUGGAAAUAAAAUGCUUUUAACCGCACAUCCUUCUUCAAGAAUCCUCCAGCAGGAAAACAGACUCUGGUUUAUCCCUGCCAUAGCCCAAGAUUCAGGAUUGUAUGAAUGUAUUAUAUGGAAUUCAACAAGAUGUUAUAAAUACAGUGUCCAAACUGCGGUUCUCAGUAAUAGUGCUGCUCUUUGUUUUAAUGAUGAAUACCACAAUAAGCAAGAGGUACCUCCAACGGCACCAUUCAAGAUUGUGUGUCAUCAAAUGAAUAAUAUUGGACAGGAAGUAGAUUAUUCUUCCAUCCAUUGGUAUAAGGAAUGUGAGCCAAUACGGGGAGAACGAUUUGAGUUCUUCAGAGGGGCUCUUAUCAUAAAAGAUGUGAAAAAAGAUGAUCAGGGAAAAUAUGUAUGCAAAGGAACCUACACUUUUCGGGGAAAUAAAUACAAUUUUUCAAGUAGUAUUUUGGUGAAAUUAUUAGAAGAUUCAGAGAGGAAAAGAACUGAGAUUCUGUACCCCAGAAACAAUACUGUUGAAGCUGAGCUUGGAUCCAAUUUCUUUACAGAGUGCAAUGUAUCAAGUUUCAAAGACACUUUUAUUUCUAUAUCCUGGAGAGUCAAUAAUACACUAGUUGACAAUCUAUUUCAAGGUAGAAUUCAAGAAGGAAUUCAAAGAAGUAUUCCAAAGGAAAGCACAGAGAUUUUUAUAGUGUCUCUGAACAUUACAGAGUUGAAAAAUGAAGAUUAUGAUCAACCUUUUAUUUGCCAUGCUGGUGAGGUUGCAGCAUACAUCAAAAUACAGCGUCCAAUCAAAAACUUUACAGCUCUUGUUGUGUUGAUAUUACUACUGAUUAUUCCGGUAGUAAUCUGCAUCUUGUUCAAGAUUGAAAUUGUCCUUUGGUAUCGGAAAUCAUGCCUCCCUUUUCUUCAUAAAAAAGUUUCAGAUGGGAAGAUCUAUGAUGCGUAUGUGUUAUAUCCAAAAAUCAGCACCCAAGUUGACUUUGUGCUGAAAGUACUCCCUGACAUUCUGGAAAAACAGUGUGGAUACAGCCUCUUUAUACCUGGCAGGGACGAUUUACCAGGAAAAGCAUUAGUCAGCGUUGUUGAUGAAACAAUUAAGCAAAGCAGAAGGCUAAUAAUGAUUCUAGGACCUGGGUUGUCCAGCUCAGAAGGGGCUCCUGAGCAGAAUAUAGCAGUGUAUCAUGCCCUUAUACCUGAUGGAAUGAAAACUAUCCUGAUCGAAAUGAAUAAAAUAAAGGAUUACAGCCACAUGCCUGAAUCUAUUAGAUACAUCAAGCAAAAGCAGGGAGCUGUAAGAUGGAAAGGGGACAUCACAAAGAAGCACUCUUCUUCUGCAAAUAGUUCCUUCUGGAAAAAGGUCAGGUACAGAAUGCCACCAGAACAUCAAGUUUCCCAAGGACUACCUUUGAUGCCACUUCCUUGCAGCACCUCCCAGAUGAUAGAAACAUAACCGUGAGAUCAUUUCAGGAAUCCCUCUGAAAGGAUGUUUGCAUAGCGGCUGAUGCAAUAUGAGGUGGAGAUGAACUCCUAAAUUUACAUUUCAUGUUGGAACUGAUUUUCUUUUUUAUUCACCAGAUUAAGGUAAUUUAGUGGCACUCCCACAGGUAGAACGGCUCAGCAUUUUCAUUUGUGUUUUAAAAAAUGUAAUGUCAAAAGGGAUUUUUCAUAAAGAAUCCUUGCUUACAAUACUACA